UGUGUGUGUGUGAGAGAGAGAGCGGGCGCAGUAAUGUGCGGAGUGUUUGAGAGCAGUGUGAGCGGAUGAUGCCUGUGAGUCCUGUAUCAGGCAAACAUGAGCCUCUCCAGCCCACAGAAGCUCCACACCGUCAGCUCCAUCCUCAGCUCCAUCCUCAGCUCCAGCCGCAGCUCCCCUCUCUCCCUCUCCCAAUCCUCAUACGCUCCCUGCCUCCGCCCCCUCCACCACCCCAGCCGCUCCGUCCUUCCAGCGCCGGUCGGGGGGACAUCUCCGACAGUUCCCACGGAAACGGCUCCAUGGAGGAAGCCCAGGGCAAUACUCUGGUCGUCCGCAUCGGGAUCCCAGACCUGCAGCAGACCAAAUGUCUGAAGUUUAACCUGGACGCGCCCAUUUGGCUGUCGAAGCAGAAGAUUCUCUGCACGCUGAAUCAGAGCCUUAAAGACGUGCUGAAUUAUGGCCUGUUCCAGCCGGCGUACAACGGCAAAGCUGGAAAGUUCCUGGAUGAACAGCGUUUACUGAAGGAAUACCCUCUACCCGCCAUCUCGCCCAUCCCCUACCUGGAGUUUCGCUAUAAGAGGAGAGUAUACACACAAAGUCAUCUGGAUGACAAACAGCUUUCAAAGCUCCACACAAAGGCUAACUUGAAGAAGUUUAUGGAGUAUGUUCAGCAGAGGAACGUUGAGAAGGUGUCCAAGUUUCUGGAGAAAGGGCUUGACCCAAACUUCCACGACCCAGAGACUGGAGAGUGUCCAUUAACCAUGGCGGCCCAGUUAGAAGGCUGUGCUGAGCUGAUUAAGGUUCUGAAGAGUGGGGGAGCUCAUCUGGACUACAGAACCAGAGAUGGCAUCACCGCUCUGCACAAAGCAGUCCGCACCAAGAACCACACUGCACUAAUAACGCUGCUGGACCUGGGGGCGUCCCCUGACUAUAAGGACAGUAGAGGGUUGACACCUCUCUAUCACAGUGCCAUGGUUGGGGGAGAUCCUUACUGCUGUGAGCUACUGCUGCAUGACCACGCCCAGGUGGGCUGUGUGGAUGAGAACGGUUGGCAGGAGAUACACCAGGCUUGCCGACAUGGCCACGUGCAGCAUUUGGAGCACCUGCUGUUCUAUGGAGCUGACAUGAGCGCACAGAAUGCUUCUGGAAACACUGCCCUACACGUGUGUGCUCUCUAUAAUCAGGAAAGCUGUGCCCGAGUUCUGCUGUUCAGAGGAGCCAAUAAGGAGAUAAAGAACUACAACAGUCAGACCGCCUUCCAGGUGGCUAUUAUAGCUGGAAAUUUUGACUUGGCGGAGAUUAUUAAAAUUCAUAAAGCCUCAGACGUUGUGCCUUUCAGGGAGACGCCUUCCUAUACAAACCGCCGUCGUGUCACAGGGGCAGGGCCUCUGACCACGCCCCGCUCUCUGAUUCGCUCUGCCUCUGACAAUAACCUGAACAAUGAACCUGGCUCCACCCACUCCCCAGUGCCCUCUCUGAGGAGUCUUCCACCGCUGGUAGCCGCGCCCCCAGGCGGCGAGGGGGCGUCGCCGGUGGGGAUAGUGGGCGGGGACGGGAGUCUGCAGAGCACCGGCAGUUCCCGCUCCUCCCACUCGCACGCUCACUCUCGCUCGCCCUCCCUGCAGCGCGUCAGCGAAGAGCCCGACGCGCACAGCCUACGCAGACACGCCCACGGUCACGCCCACGGUCACGCCCGCGGACGACUCAGCCCUGGGAACGUUCAGCGUGACCCCAGCCCACCUCCCAUGACCUCUGCCCUGGCCCCCGCCACCCGCGGUCCCAAACGGAAACUCUACAGUGCCGUGCCGGGGAGGACGUUCAUUGUGGUCAAGCCGUACACACCACAAGGAGAGGGAGAGAUACAGCUCAACCGUGGAGAGAGAGUCAAAGUGUUGAGUAUAGGUGAAGGAGGAUUCUGGGAAGGCACAGUGAAGGGAAGAACAGGCUGGUUUCCUGCUGACUGUGUGGAGGAGGUUCAAAUGAGACAAUUUGACCCACGACUGGAGACAAGAGAGGAUCGUAACAAAAGGCUGUUCAGACAUUACACUGUGGGAUCCUAUGACAACUUCACCUCUUACAGUGAUUACAUCAUAGAGGAGAAGAAUGCCAUGCUGCAGAAGAAAGAGAACGAGGGUUUCGGCUUUGUCCUGCGAGGAGCCAAAGCAGAGACACCCAUUGAGGAAUUUACACCAACGCCGGCAUUUCCCGCUCUGCAGUACCUGGAGUCUGUGGAUGUUGAGGGCGUGGCCUGGAGGGCGGGGCUCAGGACAGGUGACUUCCUCAUCGAGGUGAAUGGCGUGACGGUGGUGAAGGUGGGACAUAAACAGGUGGUGUCACUCAUCCGUCAGGGAGGAAACAGCCUGGUCAUGAAAGUGGUGUCUGUCACACGCAAACCCGAGUCAGAGGAGGUGGUCCGCAAAAAAGCUCCACCGCCCCCGAAGAGAGCCCCCAGCACCACCCUCACGCUCCGCUCCAAGAGCAUGACUGCAGAGCUGGAGGAACUGGCAUCAGCAAGGAGACGGAGAGGAGAGAGACUGGAUGAGAUGUUGGCCUCACAGGAAGCGUCUCUGAGGCCACAGGUGGAGGCAGAUUACAGAGCAGCGACGGUGAAGCAACGGCCAACCAGCCGCAGAAUAACACCAGCCGAAAUCAGUUCUCUUUUUGAGCGGCAGGGCUUUGCUCUCCACGGCGCUCUCCACCCAGCGUUGGACAAAGCCCACAUGCAGCUGCCCAAAGGCAUGUCCAGAACCAAGUCCUUUGGAGCGACCGAGGAGGACCGGCUUUCCGCUCUCGCUGCGGAGCAUCGGUUUCCACGGAGCUCCUCAAUGACGGACAGUCUGAGAGACAGUCACAGCAUCCCCCCCCCUCCCCAGACCGCACCCCCUCCUCCACCCUCACUCUACUACCUGGACACAGGUCCCCCGCCUGCUUUUUGCCCACCCCCUCCUCCUGGGCGGGGACACGACCCAGGCCGCUCCAGCUUCAGGCCAAGCUCUGAGGUCAGACAACACGGCCUGCCACAGGCGGCCGAACUGUUUGAACCGUCCCGACCUUCCUCCCAUGCUGAACGGCAGAAAAAAGCACGCUCCAUGAUCAUCCUGCAGGACUCCGCCCACCUCCCCGUGGAGCCAACUGACAUCCCCCGCCCCGCCCCGACUUCCACGCCACCUGAGAGGAUCAAGAGGAAGGGGCGGGUGAUUGACAACCCGUACGCCAACGUGGGCCAGUUCAGCAUGGGCCUCUACACGCCGCCUCCGAGCAAACCCCAGCGCAGAAAGAGCCCGCUGGUGAAGCAGCUUCAGGUGGAGGACGCCCAGGAGAGGGCGCUAGCGCUGGCGUCCGCACACGCCAGGGAACACUCGCCCACAGGCCGCCGCGCCCAGGCCGAGGGGCUGCUGCAGGGUAAAGGUCCGUUUGCGGCUGCCAUCGCCGGCGCAGUGAAGGACCGAGAGCGACGUCUGGAGGAACGCAGGAAAUCCACAGUCUUCCUGUCGGUGGGCACCAUGGAGGGCAGUUCAGCGGUGCCGGAGGCCCCCUCGCUCACGCAGUCCCGUUCUGUUGAUGAGCGCAUGCUCACUCGCGAGCUUGGGCAGCUGCCCCCACCUGCCCAGGAGCUGCGUCCCUCGCCAGGGGGCACGACGUUCAUCCACCCGCUGACGGGCAAACCCCUGGACCCCAACUCCCCGCUGGCACUUGCGCUGGCCGCAAGAGAGCGGGCACUGACCUCACAGAGCCAGUCUCCGGCCAGCAGCCCCGAACCCAGGACUAAGCACGAGGCGGCAGGGGGCGUGCUGUUCGUUGACUCACAGACCAAAGAGGCUGAGCGUUCAGAGGGUGAGGGAGGGCUGGCCUCACCCCCCUUCUCUCCCGGAGCCAAAGGGAGUUACGGUGCUGCAACCCCCACCGGUAAGAUCCAGUGGGGCACACCCACCUCCCGGAGGAAAGAGAUGGAGACCAAGAAGGAGGAAAAAGUAAAGGCGGAGGACAAGAAGAGCAUGAUCAUUAGCAUCAUGGACACGUCACAGCAGAAGACAGCCGGGCUCAUCAUGGUUCACGCCACCAGUAACGGGCAAGCAGUGGGACUGGGCCCAGAAGAAACCUCCCCCACUCCUAAAGGGACGCUGUCUGAGACCCCCAAGCCCACGCUCGCAGAAAUCAAACGUGCUCAGUCUCCAAGUCCAGAUGCUACCACCACCACCACACCAACCCAAAGUCCAACCCCAACCCCCACCCCAACUCCCCAACCUCCUCCCAGUCCGUCCUCGGAUAAAACGCUGGCCCAGGGCAGCUCAGAGGAAGACGUUGAGCCCUUCACAGUUACUCUGCCCCCUGCGAUGCUUUCCUCUAGCGACGAGGAGACACGCGAGGAGCUGCGCAAGAUUGGCGUAGUCCCACCACCAGAUGAAUUUGCCAAUGGUCUCCUGGCCAAGGCACCGGAUACACCCAUACCCCCAGCUCCUCCCCCGGCACCCAAACCGCCAUCCCCCGCGACACCCACUCCGGCCCCUCCAACUGCAACUGCAGCGCCAGCCCCCACUGUUCCGGUCCCGCCAGCAGCCUCAGGGAAGCCAUCCGAGUCCCAACUGGGUCCGGAGUCGGCUGCGGACUCGGGUGUAGAGGAGGUGGACACCCGCAGCUCAAGCGAUCACCACCUGGAGACUACAAGCACCAUCUCCACCGUGUCCAGCAUGUCCACGCUGUCGUCAGAGAGCGGCGAGCCCACGGACACGUACACCUCCCACGCCGAUGGCCAGACCUUCGUCCUUGACAAGCCGCCAGUGCCUCCAAAGCCAAAGCUCAAGUCCCAGCUCAGCAAGGGCCCGGUGACGUUCAGGGACCCACUGCUCAAGCAGUCAUCCGACAGUGAGCUGCUCUCCCAGCAGCACGCGGCUGCGCUGGCUGCGGCCGCAGGGGCUUCGGGCCCGGCCAGACCCCGCUACCUCUUCCAGAGACGCUCCAAGCUGUGGGGGGACCCGGUGGAGCCACGUCCCCUAGCCGGCGCGGAGGAAGGGAAGCCCACUGUGAUCAGCGAGCUGAGCUCUAGGCUGCAGCAGCUGAAUAAGGACACGCGCUCGCUGGGCGAAGAACCUCUUGGAGCAUCACUAGACCCUGGGAGGAAGUCGCCAGUGGCAGGAGCCAGACUCUUCAGCAGUCUAGGGGAGCUGCACACCAUCUCUCAGAGGAGUUAUGGCACCACCUAUACCAUCCGCCCCGGCAGCCGAUACCCAGUCACCCGACGCACCCCAAGCCCCGGUUCCGGUUCCCCGGACCGCUCGGACCCGCUGGGCCCGAUCCGGGGCUACGGCCUGGCCACCUCCCCUACCGCUCCCCCGACCAUCCUCAAAUCCUCCAGCCUCACGCUGCCCCACGAGCCCAAGGAGGUCCGCUUUGUCAUGAGGAGCUCCAGCGCACGCAGCCGCUCCCCCUCUCCGGCGCCCUCUCCUGGCCUGCCUUCGCCUUUGCUGGCCCUGCGGCCCUUCCAUCAGAAACCGCUCCACCUGUGGAACAAAUACGACGUCGGCGACUGGCUGGCCAGCAUUAAUCUGGCGGAGCACCGCGAGCGUUUCCAGGAGCACGAGAUCGAGGGCUCCCACCUGCCUGCGCUCACGAAAGACGACUUCGCCGAGCUGGGCGUUACGCGCGUCGGACACCGCAUGAACAUUGAGAGAGCGCUCAAACAUCUGCUGGAGAGCUGACCCCUCGCCCCCGUACCUUAGACGACCCCCCCCAUCCCCUUUUACCCUCUCAGAAGAAUCACUUUAUCAGUCUGAUUUUUGGCUCUUCUUUUGACUUUCCAUUUGUUUUUCAAAAAGCUUCUCUCAGCUCACAGCCAGCAGCCAAAAAAGGAGGGUUUUUUUCUGUUUUUUUUUUUGUUUUGGGCGGGGGUGGUACAUUUGACGGAAUCCACCCCAGACGCUGAAGAUCUUGAGUUGCACCAUCAGGAUUUUCCUUUGCCCUCACUCUCUCCUCUCCUCUCCUCUCUGCUCCCUCUUUCUCUUUCUCUCCAUAUCCCUCUGUCUCUCUGACAGCCAUUCCAUACGUCCAGAAAAAAAGGAGGGAUGUCGUCGAAAGAGGAAAGUUCUGUUGCCUUUCAGAGUAUUUUUAUAAAAGCAGAUGAACUGACUGGGUUAAGGCAAAGUCCUGUCUCUCCCCUGCGCCCUCUCCUGGCCAUGAGACGCAUUACACUUGGAGAAUGUUCAACCAACACUAGUGGCUUUUUUCAUAAUCAGACUUGUGCUUUGGUUUUUCCAAAGGGAAUAUGACAUUAGAUAGGAAAUCUCUAUGUAUUUAAUAGCUUUGAAAAUCGAUGGAGACAGAUUUAAAAAAAAAAAAAAAAGGAAAAACUGACGAACUGGACUGUUCUGAACAGCGUCUGUCUCUCUCCUCUAGAUUCCACCAAUAAUUUACUCAUUUUUACUAAUUAUAUACAUAUAUAUAUAUUUGAAAGAAAAGUAUAUAGAUAUAUGAAUAUAAAAUUUUGUCAUACCUAUAAAACUUAUAUAUGGUAUUAUAUACAAAGAA